CAAUAAAUAUUAUAUACACAAUUCAAAAUUAGAACACGUGCAAAAAUUUGAAGUUUUUUUUUACUCUCAUGAAUUUUAUAAAUAAAAUAAGUACAGUUAUAUUUAUUAUUUUAUUGGGUUGACUUCUUGACGAUUACCGACGAUUGAUUAAAAUGUCUAUUAAGUUAAGAGAAAUAUUUAAACCUGAAUAUGUGCAAAAAGAAUUUUAUACCGGAGGUCAUAUUGAAUGGACCCCGGAUGGCCAUAAUUUAUUAUGUCAAUGCGGUCCUCGGGUGUCAAUAUUGGAUAUUGAAACAACUACAUUAGUUGAUACCAUACCUCAACGUACUGGAUCUGUUAAAACUGGCGAUGAAGAAGAUGAAGAAGAUGAGAACACUGAUUCUGUAAUUACAUUUACUCUAGAUCCAACCAGUAAAAAUCUAAUAACUUCUCACAAGAGUGGUUUAUUGUGCACAUGGGAUUGGAAUGAAAGAAAAUUAACCAAAUCGUGGCGUCAUCUUCAUAAAGGUCCUGUUAUAAAAUUAGCAAUUACUAGUGAUCAAAUCAUUGCAUCUGGAGGGACUGACUCUAUUAUAAGAUUGUGGCAAUCAGAAAAAGCUCAUUGUUUACAUGCAUUGCAUGGAGCACAAGGUAAUGUAAGUGCCCUGAAAUUUUUGCAACUACCAAAUUCAGAAUAUUGGCUGUUUGCUGCUGAUAUGCAAUGUGAAAUCCAUGUGUGGAGUUGUAAUGAUGGGAAACAUUUAUUUAAAUUACAAGGACAUUUUAGUACUGUAACAGAACUAGCAUUCUACAAAAAACAAUAUCUUAUAAGUUGUGGCAGAGACAAAGUUGUUAUUUUAUGGGACCUAGAAUCAAAAUCACAGUUAAAAAUGGUAGCCCUAUAUGACUGUUUGGAAACAAUGGUAGUAUUACCUGAAGAUGGUUUUUAUCUUCAAGAUUCAGAUAAUGAAUUAAAAAAUACUCAUGUCAUUCCUAACGGUGUUUGUGUUGCUGUGGGAGGAGAAAAUGGCGAGUUGCAUAUAUGGGACGUGAAAAAUAAUGUUCCAAUUUUAAAAGAACAAAAUGCUGAUGGUCAACCUAUAAAAUCAACAAAAAGCAUAACUAAUAUGAUUUUUAAUGAAACUCGGUCUACAUUAGCGAUUUGUUAUGUUGAUAAUACAAUUACAUUACAAAGUUUUGGACCUCAGCAUUCAAAACUAACGUUGAUUGGUUCAAACGAUGAAAUUCUUGAUGUCGCACUUUUGGGUAAUGAAUGCAGUCGUAGUUUAGCUGUUGCUAUUAAUAGCUGUGAUAUUUACAUAUUUCCAUGGCAUAAAAAAAAAAUUGAAAGUGAUGACAAUGAAAUUUAUAAAGUUGAACUUGGAGUUUGUUGUAAACGGCUGAAGGGACAUACAGAUACAGUGUUAUGUUUAGCUUCCUAUAAAAACUUUCUUAUAUCUAGCAGUAAAGAUCAUAGCAUUAGAGUAUGGUUAUAUUGUAAUGUUAGCAGGACAGCUAAAUGUGUUGCUAUUGGAUCCCGGCAUACAGGUGCAAUAAAUACAGUAGCCAUUUCUAAAUCUUUAGAGUUUAUUGUCUCUGCCAGUACAGAUACUACAUUAAAACUUUGGAAACUCCCAAAAACAUUCAAAAGUGAUGAGCAACAUAUAUUGAGUGUCAAAUUAACUGAAGUUGGACAUGAAAAAGAUAUAAAUAGUAUUUGCAUAGCACCUAACUACCAGACAAUUGCUACUGGCUCUCAGGACAAAUUAAUUAAAAUAUGGUCUGCAGAUGAUUUGUCAGUUCUUGGAAUAUGCAGAGGCCACAAGCGAGGUGUAUGGUGUGUACGCUUUUCUCCUAUAGAUCAAGUACUGUUAUCAUCGUCGGCAGAUACUACUUUGAAAAUAUGGUCAAUGGCUGAUUAUUCUUGUCUUAAAACUUUAGAGAGUCAUGAUUCGUCAGUAUUAAAAGGAGGUUUUUUAAAUCGUGGUACUCAAGUUGCUAGUUGUGGAGGUGAUGGCCUAGUUAAAAUUUGGUGUCUAAAAACUAGUGAAUGUAUUGCUACACUUGACAAACAUUCAUCUAAAGUUUGGGCCUUAUCAAUUGUGGAUGAUGGUUCAAUUAUGGUGACUGGAGGUUCUGAUUCAAGAUUAGUCGUUUGGCAUGAUCGUACUGAAGAAGUGAGAAUUUCUGAAGCAGCUGCUAGCCAAACUAAAGAGUUACAAGACCAACAAUUACAAAACUUGUUACAAAAUGAACAAUUAUUACCAGCACUUAAAAUGUCCAUUACAUUAGAAAGGCCGAACACAGCUCUAAAAAUAAUACAAACUUUAUCUAAACAAGGUCAAGGGCAAGAUUUAAAAAUAGUAUUUCAAAAUAUCAAUCAAGAACAGAAAGAAAGACUUUUGAACUAUGUAGUUGAUUGGAAUAGCAAUGGAAAAUAUUGUCUCGCGGCACAACUUGUUUUAAAUAUUCUGCUGGAAGAUAUCAUGAUGGGAAAAUUAACUAUUAAUCAAGAAAAAUUACAAGGAUUAAUGGCAUACAGUGAACGACACUAUAGACGACUAACUACAUUAAUGACAAAUUUACAACUUUUGCGUUAUACAACUAAUUGUAUGGCCCCUCAUCUUUCAAAUCAAUAAUAAUCAAAUAACUAUUAGUUAUUUAUCUGUAAAUUAUAUUAUAAAAUUACAUAAUCCA